GGAAGAGAUCAGGGCACAUAAUCAACAAAAAGAUAGACUACAAAUGAGUGUGAUUUUAGAGGAGGUAUCUCAAGACAUACAAGCAUUUCUUUCCAGUGAAGUUUGCAGAAAAAAAAGAGCACGAACAGGUGGAAAAGCCGGAAAGGUAGCAUUUCCAUAUAUUAGUGAUUCAAUCGAAGCAUGUGAAUUGUGAACACAAAGAGUUGAUUAUUGACCUUCCACCUCACAAGCGGUCCGUGGAAAGAGUUUCUAUUCAGUAAGCGGUUAUAUUAUAGAAAUUCCGGGAAGUGGAACCUGAGAAGCGGCAUGAGUAUUGUAUCUACAAGGUUCCCCAGAAACUCCGUGACGUAAAUGGUGAUGCCUACACUCCAAAGCUAAUUUCAAUAGGCCCUUUUCAUCACUGCAAUGAAAAUUUGAAGAAAAUGGAAGAGUUAAAAUAUAGAUAUUUCAGGGAUGCCUGUGAUCGGACGAAUAAGAAAAAGGCGGAACUUGUAGGACGCAUCAAGGAAAUCAAAUACGAGAAGAUCUUUUAUUGUUAUGCAGAUCUAGAGGACACUGACGUCAAAGAGGAUGAAUUCAUGACAAUGAUUCUUUUGGAUUCUAUUUUUAUCAUUGAACAGUGUGGAGGACUGUAGAAAACCCGCCAAUGGACCCACCAGCAAUGACUACCAUUUCUGAAAAGUGUGAGUGGAGGAUGUGGGAUGCAUGUGUAAUAAAUUUCCAAAAAAAGAGAGAAGAAGACGACCCAGAAAGGAAAAACCCAAAAGCAAACCAUGAAAAGGAAAACCCAUGGCGAAGCUAUAACAUAAUGCUGGACUUGAUAUUACUAGAAAAUCAGGUUCCAUUUUUUGUUCUGGAGAAUUUAUACGAGUUUGCCUACAAGGAACUUUUUAUGUACCCGCAAAAUGAAGAUAAUUCCUUUCAUAGGCUUCUCCAUGAAUACUUUUUCCAAUUCUGGAAAAGUUCCGGUUUUGUUCUCGAUUCUGAUUACGAGAAGAUAUUCUCUGGUAAGAAGAAGGAAGUCAAACAUUUUACUGAUUUCCUAAGAUAUUUUCUCCAUCCACAGAAUCUAAAAUGUGGAAAAACUUUUGAACGUGUACCUUGUGCAACCAAGCUGUCUGAGGCAGGAGUGGAAUUCAAAGUCAGCAAAUCCAAGACUAGACGCCUUCUUGACAUUCAAUUUCGAAAGAGUAACUUAUUGAAAAUUUGUCCAUUUUUAAAUAUGUCAUGGUUCUUGAGUUGCUUUCCUUGCUUUCCUCGCUUCAAAUGCCUGGAGAACAUGCAUCCUGUCUUGGAACUCAAAUCCUUUAUAAUAGGGUAUGAAACUGAAUGUGCUGUUCGAAACCUCAUGGCCUUAGAGCAGUGCCAUUAUCCACGGGAAGCUUACAUAUGUAAUUAUAUUAUAUUGUUGGAUAAUCUUAUCAACACUGAAGCAGAUGUGGAUCUACUUGUUGAGAAAAAAGUUAUUGUUAACUGGCUAGGCGACAAUAAGGCAGUGGCAACUCUGAUCAACAAACUUCGCGAACAAAUUGUAGAAGCUAAUCAUUCCUGCUAUGGGGAACUCAGUAAAAACAUUCAAGGUCACUAUGACAACGUUUGGAGCAAAGUCAUGGCAUCCUUUACAACUCUAUAUUUCAAAGAUUUUUGGAGAGGGACAGCAACUGUUGUUGGAAUCAUGGCCCUGUUUUUCAGUUUCUGGAGUUUCCUUAAGCCUUUUGUCUUUCCCACUUGAACAUCUACGUGCUUCAGUGUUUGUUGGAGACUUAGUGCUUUGCUUCUGCUUAUUUAGAUGCAUUCUGAACUUUGUAAUAAUAGCUUUAGUGUUUUGUUGUAAGUUUGUGAUGUUUCCACAUCUGUGGACUGGUGAGUCUGUAUUUUAGCGAAUAAAGCUAUAUGCUAUGUUAAUGAAUCUCGCGACAUGCUGCAUCUACGCUAA